CGGAGCCUUCGUCUCCUCAUCCGUUCUCCUUCUUACCAACUCCCACUUCUUUUUUUCAUUUCAUUUCUUUUUUCUCUAUAAAUAAAUAAAUACACUCUUUUAAUUUAAUCCACCAAUUCCAUUAUUAAUUCAUAAAAGCAUCACCAUUUUCAAUUUAUCAAAUUAAUUGAAACAAGAAGAAGAAAGAAAAAACAUGAUGAUGCUUGUCAAUUGUUCCAAGUGUCACACCCCCUUACAACUCCCACCAGGUGCAAAGUCCAUUCGCUGCGCCAUCUGCAGAGCCAUCACACUAAUUGCUGAUCCUCACGCUGCUCCGCCAACACCCCCUUCCGCUUACAAUAACCACUACUAUCCCCCUUCUUCUCCUUCUCCUGCUCUUGCUCCAUCUACUUAUAGUUCCGGUCAAAAUUCAUCGUCACGAAAGAGGGCGGUCAUCGUAGGUAUUUCGUAUACGAAUACGAGGAAUGAACUGAAGGGAUGUAUUAAUGAUGCUAAAUGUAUGAAAUUUUUGCUCACCAAUCGAUUCAACUUUCCUCAAGACUCUAUUCUCAUGCUUACUGAAGAAGAGAGGGAUCCAUACAGAAUACCGACAAAACAUAACAUAAGAAUGGCGAUGUACUGGCUUAUGCAAGGUUGUCAAGCAGGGGAUUCUCUGGUGUUCCAUUAUUCUGGUCAUGGUUCACAACAAAGAAAUUACACCGGAGAUGAAGUUGAUGGGUUCGAUGAAACACUUUGUCCGUUGGAUUUUGAAACCCAAGGAAUGAUUGUUGAUGAUGAAAUUAAUGCAACACUUGUUAGGCCUCUUCCGCGUGGAGCUAAGCUUCAUGCUAUUAUAGAUGCUUGUCACAGUGGUACUAUGCUUGACCUACCGUUUCUUUGUAGGAUGGACAGGACUGGACGAUAUGUAUGGGAAGAUCAUCGUCCUCGAUCAGGAGCAUGGAAAGGAACAAGUGGGGGAGAGGUCAUAUCCUUCAGCGGUUGUGAUGAUGAUCAAAUCUCUGCUGAUACGGAUAAUUUGUCCAAGGUCACUUCAACUGGUGCAAUGACGUUUUCCUUCAUCCAAGCAAUCGAGCAAGGAAAAGGAACUACAUAUGGAGGUAUUCUAAAUGCAAUGAGAUCUGCCAUUCGCAGUUCUGAUAAUGGUGUAGGAGCUGGCAUUGUGACAUCGCUAUUGACUAUGCUGAUCACUGGAGGAAGUGCUGGCAUUGGAAUGAGACAGGAGCCACAAUUGACAGCAAAUGAACCAUUUGAUGUGUACACCAAGCCAUUUUCAUUGUAGCAUCUUACUCAUCAAGCAACACUACCAACCUAAGGUUUUUCAUAUUUUCAUUUAGCUUUUGGGUGUUGAAUUCCUGUACAGUUACCAAGAAGGCAGUUGUAGAGUACUAAGAUUCUUAUAUUCAUCAAUUUCAUAAAAUAUUAAUCAUUCAUGUACGACUAUGAUUGUUGUAACAAGCCAAAAUUUUCGUCAAA